AUGACCCUCUCCCGCAGCCCGUCACCCGUCCCCGGCGGCGGCUGGUCAAGUCCUGGCCUCAACAUCAACAGUGGCAGGUCCAGUCCUUCCAACAUGACCGGCGGUCCAGUCGCAUGGGAGUCGGCCAAAAUGAGGCAUCACAACCCCAAUUCAUAUCCGUCCUUCUCGACACAGAACAAAGGAUUCUUCACCCGUCACAUGCGCCGCAUAUCGAGCAGCCUCCCACGCUUCAACGGAGCGUACGCAGAAAAGGAGCAUCUGAAGAGAACACAGCCGUGGUUUCGAAAGGUGCCUUUGGCCGGCAGGAUACGAUCCAUCUAUGGGCGCAUGGGCAGGAGGCUCAAGUUGAUCUUACUCCUCCUCCUCUUGCUACUCCUCGGUACUAUAAUAUUCUAUAAUUCCCCGCUCGUAUAUCACUGGCGAAGAGCAUCGUUCGGCGGCGGAGGCAACAAGUUCGUCAUUAUCCUGGCUGCCAACGUUGGAGGUGGUGUCAUGGAGUGGAAGGGCGCACGCGAAUGGGCCAUUGAGCGUGACAGCGUGCGGAACAAAAGGAAAUACGUUGCGAGAUGGGGCUACGACCUGGAGGUUGUCGACAUGGGCACCAAGAAGAAGUACGCACACGAGUGGAGAGAAAGCUGGGAGAAGGUCGAUUUUAUCCGGGCGACCCUGCGCAAAUAUCCCAAGGCCGAGUGGGUUUGGUGGCUGGACCUGAACACGUUUGUCAUGGAGCCCUCUUACUCAUUACAGGACCACAUUUUCAACGAGCUAGAGAGUCACAUAUACCGCGACAUCAACGAGUACAACCCCCACAACUUCUCGCAUCCAUUUACGGAGCAUUACCUGGAUGCCGAUGCACGUAGUCCCGUUGGCGAUGGGAAAAUCAAUUCUGUCAACAUGCUUCUCUCGCAAGACUGUGGAGGCUUCAACCUGGGUUCCUUCUUCGUCCGGCGCAGCCCGUGGAUCGAACAGCUUCUUGAUGUCUGGUGGGACCCCGUGACGUACGAACAAAGGCACAUGGCCUGGGGCCACAAGGAACAAGAUGCCCUAGAGCAGCUUUAUUCGACGCAACCUUGGGUCCGCCAACACAUUGGGUUCCUACCACAACGCAUGAUCAACAGCUUCCCACCCGGGGCGUGCAACCAGAAUGCGGACUCGGACGGCAACUAUCCUGCGGAUGACGCGGUCCACUACAGCGGAAGCGACCGUGACUUUUUGGUCAACAUGGCGGGAUGCGAAUGGGGCCGCGACUGCUGGGGCGAAAUGUACCACUACCGCGAGUACAGCUACUGGCUCAACCGAAACCCUUGGGAACUGUUCAAGGAGGAGUUGGUGGCCGUCAUCUGGUUCAAACUCACCGGCCAGAAGGUCAAGCUGUAA